AUGUUGCUCUUCCUGGCGCGGGAGGAGCGGCGCAAGGCCGCCGCGGUGACCUCUUCCCUUCAGCGAGGCGCAGAUCGCCUGAAGGAGGCCAACAAGAUCUCAGCAGAGACAGAGGUGCCGGGGAGGGCAAACUGUCCCAUGUGCGGCAAAGACCUCAAUUUGUCCAAUGCUCCACAGCAAAACUUCGAGCGGAAGAUUGGACGGGGCUGGGGCAAUCCUUGGAUACUGCCCUACUGA